AUGGCCUCCUUGAGUUCGGGAGGCCGCAAAGCCAAACACUUUGUGGACAACUGCGCUUGUGAGUGCUGCGCGGCUGUCCAAAAGCUGUUCUUGUUGCUCUUUUACGAAGGGUCGACAGAGCAGCUACGUGCACGAGCAGUUCCGGUCCUUCGCCAAGCCUAUACACAGCUCCUGGAGGGAGCCUACUUGGACCGGCUGCAAGCCACAGUUACCAGCCCUGGUACUCGUGAAGCAGCGGGAGAAGGUGCAAGCUCUCGUGGAGAGACACGGCCACCACUUGCCCGAAAGCGGCGUGUGAAAGAGGAGCCAUCCACAGAAGAAGAGAAGGAGGCUCGUUCAGGUCGUGAGCGGCGUCGGAGGAGAGACUCUGGAGACCGUCUAGGGCGUGACAGGACCAGGGUGAAGACAGAAGAGAGAGAGAAGUCAAGGAGGAGCGAGGAGCCCAAGCCAAGCCGCCGAGAGGAGCUAUUUGAAAAGGAGGAGACAAAAGAAGAAAAAGAUAGAGCAGUGGCCACUGACCCAGCGGGCUUUGGCUUGAGGCCCACCUCUAAGCCGUCACCCAGUGAACCUCGAGCCGAGGGAGAGGCAGGGUCUGAAGAGACUGAGGACGUCGAGGUUGAGGAGGCUGCAGCUGCUUCAACCAGUGCUGCGGGGGCGGAGGAGGCCCCUGGUCCGGUAGAACACCACGAGGAAUCAGAGGAGGACUUGGCCAGGCCGGCGGCGGAAGGCCCACCUGGGGACGGGUGGGUGGCAGCAAGCGAGGUCGAUUUGAGGACGUUACAAGAGAUGAAGGCAGUGCAUAUUCAAGGCAGGUAUUGGGACAACGAGGCCGAGAUCGUGGGAGAGAUCACCAAAACGCUGAUGGGGGAGGACGGAGCGUGGACAACAGUCCGGGUCCAUGGAACGUCCACCGAGAGCAUCCUCAAAUACAUCAGCGGUCAAGCAAAGAAGGAGUUACAGGUCCACCUGUGCGACAGCCCCUGUUCUACAAUGACAUGGGGGGACACUAUGCUCCAUGCCGACAGGAUCAAGGCCGUGGAGUACGAGGCUCUGCCAUGGAGCCGGAACUUAGAGAUCUCAGUUCGCGAGUCGGAGAGAGACGAGCUCGAGGUCCUGAGGAGAGAAGCCGGGGAGCGCGGCAAAGGAAGAGGAGAAGCCCCGAAGGGCGAGAAGGCAAAGAAGGAUCUCCCGGAAGAAUCGGGAGAAGAAGAAGAGGGCCGAAAGGCAGAGAAGACCAAGGCGAAGAAAAAGGAGAGGAAGAAGUUGAAGAAGGCCCGAGACAAGGUGGUUGGCAUCAAGUCCGCAGAGGCCCUCUUCGCCACGACGGGGCUCGAUCCAAAAGAGGAGACUCGGCGGAGGUUACGCCGCAAGGCCAAGAAGCUGGGCAAGCGCUCCCGGAACAAGAAGGGUUCGUCAGGAACGUCAUCGUCCAGCGGGAGCAGCGAUUCCAGCCCAACGGAGGAGGCGGAAGCGCCGGAGGAACUGUUCACACCCCUGACGGCGACACAGCGAAUCUGGCGGCGCUAUCCUGGCGUCCUUACAGCAACUAUGGUGUUGGAGGCCCAGCGCACUAUGAUGCUUCAGCUCGGGGCUUCACUCCCGGAGGCGGAGAAGGCGGGAGUGAAGCCGAUUAUUCUGCAGUACUGCAGGCAGCAGCUGUGCCAGAAUAUGAGCCCGCCGGUUGCGCGGGAGGCACUACAUUGGGCGGCGACCAUGGACAUGCUGCUGGAAGGUCGGGUAUCAUCAGCGCUGGAUGUGAUGAGCCAGCGACUCAAGAGUUUGGAGGGCUUGUCACGAGGACUUCGAGCAGAUCUACUGCGACAGAUGGAGCUGCUCCCCUUGGAGAAGGGAGGCCUGGCGUCGAACACGGAGGUGAACUUGGCCGGACAAGCAGCUCAUCAAGAGGCCAAGAUCCUCCACCGGGCGAGCAGUGCCCCGUGGGAGCGCAGCAAAGGCAAAGAGAAGAGCGGCAAAGGCAAGUGGAAAGAGGAGAGGUCCGAGAGCAAGGGCGACAAGGGCAAGAAGGACAAAGGCGAGGGCAAGAAGAAGGCCCAAUGA